GACCGUUACGUAUACGUACUGCAUCAGUUCUGAAUAUGGCAUGAUAAGCGACAACCCUACAACUGUAAGCCUGUGCUGCCUGCCAGCAAAGCUAGAGUGUUUCGCACUGCCGUAUAAUACUAGUAGAUUCGCAGAUAUCGUCAGUCGGAGAAGCACCUAUCCGCAGGUAUCAACACCUGCGCUCACCAACCCUGCAUCCACAGACAUGACCGUGGCUAGCGAGAAUAGAGACGCAGCCACGAAGCACUCCUCCGGGUGCGCAUGCUGAUACUGCGCUACUCCUUUGAGGACUAGCCUGGAAAGGCUUCGGGCCGGUGACCACUGCCGCCAAUGUUUCCAGCAGAGCUGGCAUAUCGCUAUCACCACCACCACCGGGGCCUGCAGUGUAAUAAGCCAGUAUACAUCAGUAGUCCGCUACUAGAACAAUCGCCACUAGCACUGCUGGAACUGCCGACUUCUACUGGCAUACUGGCUUCACUGCUUCUUCAGUCACUAGCAAGUGACAAGUAGCUUUGAACACCCGCUCUCAGCCUCCAAGUAUCCACUUGCGUGCAUUGUCCCAUAGAUUUCGCCGGUUUUCAGGACAGCUAUCAGUCUCAAUCGGACUGAAAGUGUGUGCUGUGAAUCGAGAGGCCGCCACCUAACUUUACGUGCGUUGAUGUUGAGCUGUAGCGAGUCUCGCAGUUACCUGGGCCUCUCACCUGUCGAGCAGCAUUCACCACACAGUCGAUGUGUUAUAUGUUGAACCCAUCACUCGCCCGAGACAUCAUUUUCUGUAAGUUGUAGGCGAGAGAGGGAGCGUACAGGAACAGCCUCUCAUUCAAUCGCUCAUCCAGUGGCUGCCAACAUCUAAAGAAUCAUGUCUGGCAAUUGCCUCCUAAUGUCGGCAAAAGGCGUAGUGUGUGUCGUACUUGCGCUAGGAUGCGCCCUGAUGCCGCCCGGAGUUCGGUCCUCCUCGUCGUGUCACCUGGACGAGGCCACGGCUAUUGCAAGGCGAACCGAGGCAAUAGAAGUGCAGAUCUUGUCCAAGCUGGGAAUAACCGAACUGCCACAGGCCAAUUUCAGCGACGAUCACCCGGCUCUGGAAACAAGUAUUCUGCGUACAUACCAUGCAGCUGUGAAGAGUGUGAAUCGGCGCAAGCGGAGGUCAGCCUUGGACUGGGAGGAUGAAAGCCAAGAUGCAAACCACGACCAUUAUUACAGCAAGACCAACAAAGUACUGGAAAUUCGUGGAGAAAUUGUGCAUGCUGAGCACAGCUACGUUGCUAUCCUGGCUGAUCAUAGGAGAAUAAAGGCCGAGCUGGGUGGAAACCUCUCAGACAUCUACCAAGGCGAGCUGAACUUCGCCUUUGUACCCAGCCAUAGCCAGGACAAGGAUGCGGCGACGGGACCGCAUCACGUUCGCAUCGAGCUACUCCAGGUCGUAGCCGGCCCCAAGGGGACGCGACGCAUGUUCGUCGACGGUGUUGACAUUGACCUCGCCACGCGAGAUGACGUCGUGUUUGAUGUGAAGCGAGUGGUUCGCCAGUGGUUGGCAGAGCCGUGUCCAAACAAUACGUGCCGUCUUGAGCUGCACAUUCACUCUAUACAUCGUGAGGAGGACAGUGCGAUCGAACGGUUCAUCAAUGGCAUCAUGCCAUUUCUUCCGGUGGAGAAUGGCACUCUCCAGCGCCAGUUGGCCGAUGCAUACAUUCACACUAUGUCUCACACAUCCGCACCGGACUCGAGACGCCUCCGUCGCAGGUCCAAGCGGCAAACCCUGGACGGCGAGUAUUGCCGUAAGAUUCGUGGACGCAAUCCAGAGAACUGCUGCGUCAAAGACCUCGAGCUAAACUUCAGACGGGACCUCGGCUGGGACUGGGUGCGAGAACCAGAGAAGUUCCGGCCGAACCACUGCUCCGGGGCUUGUCCGUACCGAUGGUCAUCCGGCUCUGCGUACUCAUCUGUCAUCUCAAUGUACAACAAUCUGAACCCGCACGCGUCGGCGAAACCCUGCUGUGUGGCCGAUCGCCUGGGAAGCGUAAUCCUGCUCUUCACGACCGGUUCUAACGCAAAGGAUGCCCGCGUGGAGACGUUAAAUAUGAUGACAGUACAGACGUGUAAAUGCAGCUGAUGCAGCCACUAUACCACCACUGCCGCUGUGCAGUCAAGCUUGAGAUCUUCUUAAAACUCCAGAUUUAUCCACUCCCACCUGGCCACUAUCCAGCACUAUCCUAGCUCUAAGUACAAACUAUGACGAGCAUGGAUGGCAUGUUCCUGGUGAUGAGUGCACAGGAUGCCAGCCAUUGCCAAACACGGCAACACAAUACUACACCAGUAUCACCCUGAACCAGUUGGGCAUGCAAUCGACUGUCCUGACGGUCUGUGCGUAAGCUCUUGCGGCAUCCCCGCUGGACGUUUGCAUUUGGCAUUACUAAGACAAUUUGAGAGCGCAAUAUGGGUAUUUUCCGGCCUUGAAGAGAAUCCAGCAGCAGAUCUAUUGCAGAGUACAGUGACAUUCUGCUAGGAGACCCACACAUCCAGUCCAGUAUCACUAACUGUCUUCUGUCACCCUGCUUCGUCGCUUUCCCACCAGCGAAUUAUGAACAUGCACAAGCUGCCGGGACCAUUCAUCUUGGCUCGGCUCAAUAGGGCCAGAGGAUAGAGCUACCAGCUUGCGAGGCCAAGCAUGGCAACCAGUGACUGGGCAUGCCUCUUCUGGUGGCCUGGACUUCUAGCCAUUCUUUGUCACCGUUGUUGCGGAAACCCGCUCCUCCCCCCACCACUUCUUUCUCCCCUGCCACUGCACACUGCCUACCUAACCUACGAACUUGAGAGAAAUGUUGAGCCUCGUAUCGCUAUUUAUGUUACCCAAGAUUAUCAGCACUGGCAAUUCAACCCAGUAUAACAUGCAAUGGUCUUGUCAGUAUUAUCGUGUUGUGUAUGUAUGCACGUGCUCUGCACCAGUUUGCUGAACAUGUUACUUCGUGCAACAUUACUCGUCUGCAUUAUAAGUUAGUGUAGUGUAACAAUGAUGUAGCGCCCCCCCCCCCCCCCCCCCCCUCUCUUGCCCUCGUUAUCUCUCUCUCUCUCUCUCUCUCUCUCUCUCUCUCUCUCUAUCUCUCUCUCUCUCUCUCUCUCUCUCUCUCUCUCUCUCUCUCUCUUUCUUUCUCUCUCCCCCUUCCCCCAUUUGCCAAUCUGUAUCGCUUUCUUUGUGGAGAAUGGUCAAACACACAAUGUGUAGUACUUCUGGCUUUCCUGCAUUCUGCUACAAGAACUGUCCACAGCACUAAUUAAUAAUAUCAGCUAUAACUGAGGCCACAGCCAUGCACAUCCCAUAGUCAGUAUGACUGCUUUUGAAUCAAAAUAAUUAUUGAGUAUGCUUCCUGGACUACGUGGUAUCAGCCAAUGCUAAA